UCGGACACAUCAUCAACCAAGCUUGUUUCUGGAAAGAAAGGAGCUCAAGAGCAUAGAGAAGAUGUCAGAGCUGGAAACAGCCAUGGGAAUGCUCAUUGAUGUCUUUGAUCGGUACUCAGGAACUGAAGGCAAUAAGGAGACUCUGACGAAAGGGGAAUUAAAGACACUCAUGGAGAAAGAGUUCCCAAACUUUGUUAAGAAUGGGAAGAAUAAUGAGGUAGUUGAGAAACUAUUCAAGAAUCUGGAUGACAAUGGGGAUUCUGAAGUGGACUUCAAUGAGUUCAUCGUCUUUGUGGCUGCCCUGACUUCUGCCUGUCAUAAAUACUGUCACCAGCAAGGAUCCAAGUGAUGCUAAAGGAGCCAACCACAGAUGACAGAAUCUUGCUGAGUGGAAUAAUGUGCCCUUUAAAAUUAAAAGGCUUUGUUUGAUAACAACCCCCA